CCCAACCCCAUCUCUACUUCUCAACCCACAACACCCUCAAAUAUCUCUUAUCGGUUCUAUCUUUUGCUUGAUUUGCUUCUUUUGCAAACAUUUUGUUAGCUGAAAAAAUAAAGUCAUCAAAAGUUCAAAACACGCACAUUUGAUUCAAUUAAAAUGGCAGGGAGAGAGCCUUUUAACGUGACAGCCAGAGCACCGGAGAUGACGACGGCACAGAGGUCGCCGUGGCAUUCCCCGGUGCCCUACUUGUUCGGUGGGCUGGCAGCCAUGUUGGGUUUAAUUGCGUUUGCGCUUCUGAUCUUAGCAUGCUCCUACUGGAGGCUCUCCGGCAACCUCGAAAACCACGAAAACGGAUCAGAACGGGACCUGGAAGCCGGAGAAGGCGACGAGUCCUCCCAGAAAAUCGUGCCGGUAUUCGAAGAGAAAAUCUUGGUGAUCAUGGCCGGAGACGCUAAGCCAACUUUCUUGGCCACACCCAUGUCGAGUAGGUCUUCAUCUUUUGGCGACAAUACUAACAACACUUGUAGCUGUAGCCAAAAGACUGAAAAGUGGGUGGACGUGAGUGAGACGACUGCUGACAACAAGCAAGGAAAUAGUGAUGGAAGUGAUCAGCAUCAGGUACAAGUUACUGAUGAAAACGGGGAGAGUGCCCAGGAGGCCUCAGAUCACUCGGAUCAGAGAAAACCAUUUAUAUAUGAGAAAAAGAAGAAGAUGGAGAUGGAUGCGUCUGGAACUUUGUAUUGGGUGCAGAGAAGAAGGUGAAUCAAGGGGUACGUGGUGGGCUGAAACGGUGGAGAAAGGCACGUGUAGGUACCACUACCAAAAUAUUGAAUAGUAGGGACGAAAAAUCAGAGGUGGAACAAGUUUUGCUUUUCAAUGUGACCAAAAUAUGGAGCGGCACGUCCAAUCGCUAUUAUUUAGAGAAUAAAAGUAAUGGUGAAAUUAAAUGCCAUUAAUCCUUCAAAGUUAUAAGUGUACUAUUAUAUAGUUGCACAUUUUAGUAUUUGGCAAAUAUGCAACAUUUGGGUGGUGACACUGAAGUUGUGUGGUGG